AUUUUUGUGUGUGUGUGUGUGUGCGCGUGUCUGUGUGUGUGUGUGCGCGUGCGCAGCAUGCAACCUGUGUAAAAAGUACAGUGAAAUUCUUACCUUUUAGAGUUCUUUCCCAAAAAUGCAGUGACAAUAAUAGUAAUAUUAUUAUAAUAAUAUAUAUAAUAGAAAAUAGAGUAGCAAAUACAAGUAAAAAUAAAAACCACGUAAAAACUAUGAUGAGCGUUAAAGAGAGUAUGUACUGGUCAGUGCCUGUACCUUAUUCAAUGUGCAGGGGUACUGGAGUGGUUGAGGUGGGUUUAUACAUAAAAAGUGACUGGUAGUAAGGAUAUACAUGUGAACAGGCCUGAAAAGUUACUGUUAGCAAGAAUAUAUAAAUACUCAUGGUAAUAUACCGAUGGUAGAAUAUACAUGUAAACAUGAGUAAUAGUGACCAGUAGCAGAAUAAUCAUUGGACAGCUGCAUAAUGGAGUAAUACAUCUAAUCAAUAAUAAUUUUAGCAGCAGCGUAGGUUGUGUUUGAGUUUGUAUAGACCUGUUGAUGGUCUGUGGGAGAGGGAGAGCAGUUGUGGUUAGCAAUUUUACCAUGUUAUGGCCAGGGGAUUAAAGCUGUUUAGGAGUCUUUCUGUUUGUACGAGUCUUGAUGCACUGGUAGACUGGAGCAUGGAGAGCAUGUCCCGGGUGGCUGGAAUCUUUGGCAAUUUCUCAGACACCACCUGGCAUGUACGUCCUGGAUAGCUGGGAGCUCGCUCCCAGUGGUGCCCUGGGCUGUCCGCACCACCCUCUCGUAGGGCCUUCCAGUCGCAGAGUGGUAGAGGAUGAGACACAGGUCUCUCGGGCUACACAGGCUGAGCAGGACCACUAUGAGAUGCAUGGCAGAGCAGCCAACAUAGUGCGUGCGGGCGAGUCCCUGAUGAAACUGGUGUCGGACCUGAAACAGUUCCUGAUUCUCAACGACUUCCCGUCAGUCAACGAGGCCAUCAGCCUGCAGAACCAGCAGCUGCGCUCGCUGCAGGAGGAGUGCGACAGGAAGCUCACCUCUCUCCGCGACGAGAUCGCCAUCGACCUGUACGAGCUAGAGGAAGAAUAUUACUCCUCCAGGUACAAGUAGGCUCAUACUGUACAGUCGUUGAUCAUUUGGCCUACUCCAUCAUGCCCUAUAGCCCCAACUUAGCCCCUACAUUAUAGCACCUAUACCCCUCACCGCCGUGCCUUAUGAAGGGUUGCUCUUACCCCACCACCUCAGUCAUUAGUUUGUUAUUGUCUUUGUGUGUUGAGUCAACUUCAUGAGAAUAUCUAAAUGCCCGGGUUCAAUAGAUGAUUGAUCUAUCUAUGGUCAAAAAUCAAUUGCAGUACAUUUAACGAAAGAAGUGCCUUGUUUGACAUGCCUCUGGAAGUUUUUAUCCUCAUGUAUGAUAGAUUGUAGGUCUCUACAUGGUAAAUGUUACACUCAAUCAUAAGUGUGGAGUUUCUACUGUAUCUGGUUGCUAUAUUCUUCCUCAGUUCUUUGUAAUAGGCAAAUGGAAGUGAUGAAUAAGAGAACAUGCAUAGAGAGGAGGAAAGGGAAAUGUCAGACAAAUACAUGUUAAAUGCUUUGUAGCAUAUUUCUUGGACUCUUAUGAAGAACAAAAACUAUGAUACAAUCACAAAAUCACUGGAAGAUUAUUUAUAUCCAAUUGUUGUAGUUGUUCCUCCAUUAACAUGUCUUUAUAACCCCAAAUAUAAAUUAUGGAUGUAUAGGUCGAUUAACCAUUGUAUAAUCACACCAGCCAUUUGAAGCUUUCUAUGUUAUUAAUUUUCUAUAGAAUGUUUUUUUGACUGGAAAGUGCUAGACAUGUCUCAAAUCCAAUCUCUUAUGAGGGUUCCAUAAACUUGUUUGAACAGAAUCCAGUAUCUCUACCGAUUCCAUCCCUAGCUAGCCGACAAGUUACCAAGCCAGUAACCGUGCAAACUGUGUUCACAAAGCAUACAUUGUUGCACGAACAUCAACUAUGGCAUUAUGUCUAUAUCAGUCACCUACAUAGAUCCACCCUUAAACCCUUUUUAAACUUUGAAAAAUAAACUAGAGACAAAACAA